AUGGCGUCUCUCAGCUUCCUGCUGCUCAGCGCCGCUCUGAUCCACGCCGCCCAGUCUCUACCUGCAGCCCGCGGCGGGGGGCGGGGCCUGGAUGUCUCAGUGGGCGGGGCCAGACGCCAGCGCAGAGACCUCCAUAACCUGCUGCCUUAUGAUGAACAGAUGAUGUCAUAUCCCGCCACUCAGGGAGGAGGCGGAGCCAGUAAUCUGUACUACCAAUCAGAUGGCUGGAGGGGGCGGGGCUUGGACCAGGCUCUGCAGCGAUUGGUGGAGAGGGACCAGAGACAGGAGCAAGAAGAGGAGCAGCGAGCAGCCUACCUGGCCGCUCUGCUCCGCCUACUGAGCGAGGCAGAGAGCGCAGGAUUGGUGGACCCGGGUGACGUGGAGGUGGUGGAGGAGGAGGAGGAGGAGGAGGAGGGGCCUCCGGGGACUUCCGAGGCCCCGCCCCCAGACUACGAUGAGACGGGGAUGAACAUGGGGAGGCCCCCGGCGGCCUGGUGGGGCCUGCUGGAGCCCCGCAUGGCUCAGGCUCUGCUGGACAGGUGA